CUCAUCCCAACGCAGCUGGGCAAUCACUGACGUAGGUAGCGUGCCGCUGGGUUGGUCGAUCCCACUCGACGCCCUAACUAUCGGUGCCGCCUGCACUUCAAUUUACUCACCUCAUUUUUCCAACAAAAUCUUUCCAAACCUAAAAUUGUAGUUUUUCUUAGUAUCUUUCCUCUCGUUACCCCUUCCAUUUUAGUUAAUUAACCACCAAUCGCUUCGUGGAGCGUCUUUAUCGCACUUUUGGUGACGUCGCACCCACUUCAACACCAAAAAAAAGCAUCACGAUGCUCGGCACCCGAGCAGCCCGCCAAACAGGCCGUCUCAACCCACGAGUAGCAAAUUUAACAGCCAGGAACCAGUGGACUACGACACAAACUCAAUUGCUAUCCACAAGGACAUGGGCUAAAUCGGGGGUAACGGGUCAAACCAAAAGCGCGAUCACAAGCUCGAAAAAAUCGUCGCAACCCCUCUUCCCCGCGCCGCUUGUCCUUGCGCGCCGAUUGUCCGGCAAGCCAUUGCCACAAGGAACAUCGAGCGUGUUAAACUUUGCCUACCGGGCCGCCGCAUGGUUCGGCAGCUCGGUGCUGCUAGUCGGCAUCGGGGUGGUGGGCUUCUUCCUCUACGAUGCUUCGACCUACCGUUUGCACUCCAGCCAGGCCGACGUCGACAUCUCAGCUCUUGCGAUCAAUCCCCGUCGCGGCGGCCCCAAGAACCUCCCUAUACUUGAGGCGUUUAUCGACGAUGAGGACACCGAGGAGAUGCGGAUGCAAAAAGGAAAGCCUAGGCUCGUGGUUCUCGGCGGCGGCUGGGGUGGUGUCGCACUGCUGAAGGAGCUGGCCCCCGAAAACUACCACAUUACUGUCAUAUCUCCGACCAACUACUUUCUCUUCACGCCGAUGCUGCCCUCCGCGACGGUGGGGACACUCGGAUUGCGGUCGUUGGUGGAACCUAUCCGGAGAAUCAUCCACAGCGUUGGCGGCCAUUUCCUCCGUGCCCACGCCGAGGACGUGGAUUUCUCUUCGCGGUUGAUCGAGGUUUCCCAAGUAGACUGUCGCGGCGUUGAGCAGAGGUUUUACGUUCCGUACGACAAGCUGGUGAUCGCGGUGGGUUCCGUCACGAACCCGCACGGCGUUAAGGGGCUGGAGCACUGCCAUUUCCUCAAGGACAUCAACGACGCCCGCGAGAUCCGUAACAAGGUCAUCCAUAACCUGGAGCUGGCCUGUCUCCCGACAACGACUGACGAGGAGCGUAAGCGACUCCUCUCCUUCGUCGUCAGUGGCGGCGGUCCCACGGGCGUCGAGUUUGCGGCCGAGCUCUUCGAUCUUCUCAACGAGGAUCUUAUCCAGCUCUUCCCCCGACUCCUCCGCAACGAGAUCUCGGUUCACCUCAUCCAGAGCCGCGACCACAUCCUCAACACCUAUGACGAAACCCUCUCCAAGUACGCCGAGGACCGCUUCGCGCGCGACCAGGUCGAGGUCCUGACCAACUCUCGCGUUAGCGAAGUCCGCCCUGAUACCAUCGUUUUCACGCAAAAAGACGAAAACGGCAAGGUGAUCACCAAGGAGCUCCCCAUGGGCUUCUGUCUCUGGUCCACUGGUGUCUCCCAGAACGAGCUCUGCAAGCGGCUUGCCAAGAAGCUCAGCAACCUCCAAACCAACCGCCGAGCCCUCGAAACCGACACCCACCUCCGCGUGAACGGCACCCCGCUCGGCGACGUCUACGCCAUCGGCGACUGCGCAACCGUGCAAAACAACGUGGCGGACCACAUCGUCACGUUCCUGCGUAGCCUGGCGUGGAAGCACGGGUCGGACCCGGAGAACCUGCAGCUGCGCUUCGCCGACUGGCGCAGCGUGGCCGAGCAGGUCAAGAAGCGCUUCCCGCAGGCCGUCGGCCACCUCAAGCGCCUCGACAAGCUGUUCGCCGAGUACGACCGCGACCAGUCGGGCACCCUCGACUUCGGCGAGCUGCGCGAGCUGCUCAAGCAGAUCGACAGCAAACUGACCAGCCUGCCCGCCACCGCCCAGCGCGCCCACCAGCAGGGCCAGUACCUGGCCCACAAGUUCAACAAGCUGGCCCGCGCCACCCCGGGGCUGCAGGCGAAUGAUAUCGUCGAGGGGGAUCUGGAUGCCGCCGUGUACAAGGCGUUUGAGUACAAGCAUCUCGGCAGCCUGGCGUAUGUUGGCAAUUCGGCCGUGUUUGACCUGGGCAAGGGGAGGGGGAUGGCCGGUGGGCUGUGGGCCGUGUAUGCGUGGCGGAGUAUCUACUUUGCGCAGAGCGUGAGCUUCCGGACCAGGGUGCUGAUGGCCAUGGACUGGGCGAAGAGGGGGUUGUUUGGGAGAGAUUUGAUGAGCUAUUAAUUUCACCACAUGUCGUCGUGUGCAGGCCGAUCUAUCUCAGUUUUAUGAGCGAUCAAAUCUUUUUUAGAUACCUUAACUCGAGCAGAAUCUAGCGCCGUAACUUCUCGCAAAGGGGAUGGUGGGUUGGCCAUCUGCGUUUCACACCUCGACCUUUUACCUGUUGUUGGUUUGGGAGGGAAGGCUCAACAGGCGUUUCAGGAGUAUUCAUGGCUCUUCAUAUUUAGUCCUUUUGUAGUCCUUAUUUACUACUCUACAGUAUAUACCGCCUCAACAUUCCGCCGGCUCUGAU